AACAGGAAAGAUAAAAAAAACCCCGCUCUAACUGACAAACCUGUUUGAAUUCAAAAGUUUCUGUUGCGGCGUUGGUUAAUGCUUUGCUGGCCAGAAAGGUCUUCUUCUUAAAGGGGAUUUUCGCCGGUUUCCUAAAUCAGUUUGCAAAUAAAAAGCCACUGCAGAGGCAGCCAGAAAACAAAAUAACCACAGCAACAGCCCACCAGUGACUUUGAAAAAGUUGCACCCCUUAAAAGGAAGUUUUGUCUUGUUUUGGUGGGGAGUGGGACAAGAAUUGCUCUUGUAUUGCAAUGCCGAGGAAGGUCCAGGAACAUCGAAGGAGGUCGAAGCGUCUGAAAGAGCAGGUUCCAGAGCAGGGUGAGAUGGAAGCCGAGGGGCAAGAGGAAGUAGAUUCCCAGUCAAGGGGAAUGUUGAUCCUGACGCCCAGGAAUCCCAUCCGAGGGAGCUCCAGACUGCUGAGGAGCAGUGCGACCGCAGGGUUAGAGGAGCAGGCUGAGCCGGUAAAUUUGAAGCCGCUUCAGGUUAUUCUGCAGAAGGUGAAGGCAGACAUAGAUUUGAAGAGAAAGAAGAAGAAGAAGAAGAAGAAGGAGGAGGAGGAAGAGGAGGAUGAAGAGGAAACGAAGGAGGAAGGGGAGAAUGGAGCUCAGCAGCAGGACACCCCCAGAAGCAUCACGCCCCCUCUGUUGGUCAAGUAUCAGGAGGGUCUGAGACCUGCUAUGUCUAGCCUUCAGAAACUGAGAGCGAAAAUUCCCGAAGAGCCCAGGAGGAGGACGAUAUGGAGAGAUCUCCCAAAGAUCCCAACAGUGAGAAAAACUCCAAUGGUAAUCCUUUACUGUUCACUCUCUCUGCCUUCUCAUCUUCAUCCUCACCGUGCAAAAACUCAUUGUCCCCAGACGCCCCACCAAACACUCCCAGGAGUGGGACAGCACGGGAUUUCUCUUCUGGGUCCAAAGUAUGGGAGCGAAUGUAAAACUCAGGCUGGCUGUGAAAGUGACUGCGCCAGACUCUGUCUCCUGCAGAGCUCCCCACCCUCCCUUUGUGCCUCUCGCCGCACUUCCGACCUCAACGCCAUUCUGAGCGUGAUCGAUGACGCGAAAGCUUUCGUCUCCAUCUCGGUCAUGGAAUUGGUCCCAACGUGCCAGUACUGCGAGCCUCCAAGAUUCUGGUCAGCCAUUGAUGACCGUCUGCGCAAGGCAGCUUGUGAACGGCACGUGUCAGUCCGCCUCCUGAUCAGCUGUUGGGAGCACUCAUACCGGCCCAUGUUCGUCUACCUGAAGUCCCUGAACGUCCUCGCUGAGCGCCCGCUGCACUGCGAUAUCGAAGUGCGGAUCUUCAAGGUUCCAGCCACAGAGCAACAGAAGAAAAUACCUUACGGCAGAGUCAACCACAACAAAUAUAUGGUCACCGAUCGCAUCGCCUACAUUGGGACAUCUAACUGGUCGGAGGACUACUUUGUGAGAACGGCUGGGGUGGGGCUCAUCAUAAACCAGACAGAAGUGGCGCACAACAACACAGGCACACUGCAGAGCCAGCUGAAGGCAGUGUUCGAGCGAGACUGGAAUUCCAACCAUGCGCUGAGGCUGGACAGCGAAGAAAUGAAGCAGCAAUGUCUGUGGCACAGGGAGGGUGCGUAAGGAGCUGGGAGCAUUACCAGCAGCGUUUUGGGGGUGGAUUGGGUAAGAUCGAGGGGAGCCACGUAAAAACCUAAGGCUUUCCCCGUCUCUCCCUCCCUCCCCACCCUUUGUCCCUUUCCUACAUCUUACCACUUGGCAAAGCAGCUGCUUUAAAAUGUAUAGAGCCUGCUUCAGGAAACCCCUCCUUCUCACCAAGCUCCCGCCCCCGCCCCUCAACCCACCCAAAAAAAAUUGCAAAGUUGAUUCAUCAGAAGUUAUUGACAACGAAAGCUGUUACACACUGCCUGGGUUUGCCUGGGCCUUUUUAUUUGCUUCAACCAAGGAACAUUGGAUCUUUGAAGCACAUUUAUCUCCACUCGGUCCCUCCCUCCCUGGGUUCAUGGAGUGUUUCAACAGGCAAAGCAGUCCCAACGAUUCUUUACCCCAAUAAAGGUGCUGUGUUCCUGGAGGACUGCCCAGUACCUUCCCUUCCUUCAAGCAACCUGCCCAUUCCCAAUCUGUUUGUUUAAGGACGGCAAAUCACUUUCAAAAUAAAACUGCAUGGCUCAAAAGUAGACACCUCUGGGAUGUCCGGCUCGCUGCUACGCUGUUUCCCCCCCCACCACUCGGAAACCAUUCGGCCCAUCAUGUGCUAGCUAAGCGUGUGUUCGGCCUGGUAACUGCUCCACCCUGUUAAUCCAAUCCUCAGCCAGUCCCACCAAAAACCCACUUUGAAUGUUCCCCUGGGAAAAUCUCUAUUAGUUCAGCUACUGUGAAAGGUCAGUUACAAACAGCGGCUGCCAAAGUGGGUUCCUGAUUUGAGACAAAAACUAGCUAGUCUUGGUCUGAACGUAAAUGUAACUCCUUUUGAGAGAAGUAGUUGUAGCGAGCUUGGGUGUAGCUGAGAAAGCCACAGAUUGUUGAAGCUUUCGUUCUUGCAUUCAUCAGGACAUUCACAAAAAUACCACCGAGUCAAAGGAACAACAUUUUACACUUUACAAGAAGAGGGUGCUGAUUAUUUGGCAAGUGGGCUUUGAUUGCUCAAGGGUUUUGCAGACAGAAUGAAUACAUUCACACAUACCGUGCCUGUUUCAACUCAACAAAAUAGGUAGCAGGCAUUGACCAAUGUCUUGACCAAUUAGAGUCAAUCUGCCUGGUUUAAAUUUAAACAAGCAUGGCAGUUGACUGUUAGUCAUCAUCAAACAGGUCCAUGCUGCAUGGCAGCGCCUCUACAAAUCAGAGUCUGCUUGUCAACCAAUCAACUGUCUCUUAUUAUGCAGUACAAAAUGUUAAUUCUUGUGGAAAUGCCCUGAUGUGUACAAGAAUCUUGUUGAGAAAUCUCAACAAGAUGCAACAUUGUUUUCAGGAAUAUUGCUAUUAAAACACUAGUUGGGUAUUCAUCUGAAGCAUGGUAUCCACUUCUGUGCACUCCUCUUUAAGAAGGAGGUGGAGGCUUUAAAAUGUGGGGGAGUGGGGGGGUGGAGGAGCAGGAAAGGUUCAUGAGAAUGUUUCCAGGGAUCGAGGAACUUUUGGUGACAUGGAUAAUAGGGAAAAACUGGGUCUUUUCUUCUGGGGGAAGAGAAGGCUCAGAGCAGAUCUGACUGAGAAGUUUGCAAUCUGAAAGCUUGGGUCAGACUAGAAUGGGAAAAACUGUUCUCUUUGCUGGAAGGUUGAAAAUCUGAAGACACAGAUUUGACAUUGGCAAAAGGUGCCAUGCUGAUGGUUAGCCCUGCUGCCUCACGGCUUCAGGGAUCCAGGUUCGAUUUCACCCUCGGGUGACUGUCUAUGUAGAUUCGCAUGUUCUCUCUGUGUCUGCUUGGGUCCAAAGAUGUGCAGGUUGGGGUGGACUGGUCGUGCUAAAUUGCCCCAUAGUGUCCAGGAAUAUGCAGGCUAGGUGGGUUAGCCAUGGGAAAUGCAGAGUAACAGGGAUAGGGUAGGGGGGUUGCUGGGUAUGGGUGGGCUGCUCUUUGGAGGGUUGGGAUGGGCUGAAUGGCCUGCUUCCACACUGUAGGGAUUCUGUAACAUGGAGGGAAACUUUUCACGCAGUGAGUGGAUAGGAUCCAGAAUGCACUACCUGAGGGGCUGGCGGAGGCAGGCCUAGCAUCAGACCAUCACCUGAACAGUUAUGGGGAGAAGCUGGGGUAAUGGCUGUCAGUGGACAGUUCCUUCAGGGGGGCAGCACAGGCCUGAUGGGCAGACUGGCCUCCUCCUUUGCAGUAUCCAUUCUUUGUCCUACAUCCCAAUCUCUCGCGCUUGCCCAGCCCCUACCCUGAUAAAACCCCCUCCAACCCCACGCUGAUUGAAUGGCACAGCAAAAAAAGACCUCUUGUUUUCUGUAGCAUCUUCAGUCAUAACCUCAGGAUAUCCCUCGCGCUAUUGCGGACCACUUCUGCUGUUGCAAUAGAGGAAAUGCAGCAUCCUGGAAGCAACCACCAAGAUCCCACAAGCAGCAAUAACGACUAAUUAUUUUGUUUCUUUGCCCUUCUGAAAAAACAAGUGCUGUUUGCCGAGGGAUAAAUUUUGACCUCAUGCCUCAUGACGACAAUUAACUCUCCCCACAAGCCUGUGGCCAAGAAUAUUUUUUUUUUGUUCAAAAAAGAUAUAUAUUUUGUUACGAUUCUAUUUUUUAUCUUUUAUACUGAAGUGUAGCAUUUAUUUAGCUUGGGACUAAAGUUGAUCACGACUGAGAAAUUUUAACGUGCUUUUUUUUUAAAAGAAGGAUCAGUGAGCGAUAAUCAGUCUGUCUCCCCUCUUUUUGAAAGUGGGGUUUGAAAGACCACGGGGUCAAGAGGAUAACUUUUGCCCCAGUCGCCAUUUUAAGUUGUGAAAGACUCCGUUUCCCAUGGAAAUGUGUCAUGACAUCUUUCUGCCUGUGGCGGCACGUCUGUGCCUCUGGCAGCGUGACAGGUUUACAUGGCUAGUUUCCAUUAUAAAAGGGGCCUAACUAUUUGAAAUGAAGUGAAAUAAAGUUUAACAGGAAGUGUUUGCCAGUGAUAUGACUGUCAAUUCGACACUUUUUUUUCCAUUCUAAAUUUCCUGCGGAUGGAUAAUAUUUUGAUCUUGAUAAGGAAAAGCGAAACACUGAGGAGGUUAACUCUGGUUGUUUCAGUCGAGCAGGUUUUGCUUUGUAGAAAAAUUGAGCAGUGUAUUUUGUUUUUUAGAAAAUUGAUUCCACAUUCCUGACAAAUAAAAAGCCUUGUGCCUUCGUCACAAUCAACCAGGCUAAGAAACUGGACGCAAACUUGCAGAUCCCUGCUGCAAUCACAAGGAACUCUGCCCAAACAGUGUCCCCACAUCAGCAGAAAUCUGUAAUUAUUUUCUCAGUGGGCAAGACAGGCAAAUAAGGAGGUUCAUAAAUCUAAUCCUGUGACAUUGGGGUGCAGUACUGGUAAGGAAAGGUCUGUCACUGUAUGAUAGUGGGUUACAAUAUUGUACCCUGGUGUUAUAUAGCGUAAGACCUGUCCCAACAGGUCAGUCCCCCAGUGUUAUACAGCGACAGACCUGUCCCCACCAGUACUGUACCCCAGUGUUAUACAGCGACAGACCCGUCCCCAUCGGUACUGUACCCCAGUGUUA